AUGUCGACUCAGCCGCAGAUCCCAUUACCCCAGGUCGGGAAGCUCGUCAGCGUCGUUCCAGUUGGUCUAAAGGAGGCUGCUCUCGACUCGCCCACAUUCCGAGCCACCACCCUUCACUUCUCCGACCAGAUCGAAUUCCUUGAAAGAUGGCUCGACGGCUAUGCGAGGGCCGCUUCCAAGCUCUCCUCAGAGCUUGCAGCAAUGGAAAGCGCGGCGAACAUCUUCCUGUCUUAUUCUACGAACCCCCUACUGGUCUCCGAAGCUGUCCUUGAUCAUGAUUACACGCUGCAGUCGAUGAGGAGGUGUGGGGACAGCACCAGAGAUAUGUGGAAUGGACUGAUAUCUACUGUCAAAAAGAUGGAAAAUCUCAUUGCUGAGCCAAUCCGGGCCUUCAUGCAUGAAGAUUUGCGGACUUUCAAGGAGAUCCGUCGCAACCUCGAGCAGACACAGAAACAAUACGACUACCUGUUGGCCCGAUACUCAUCGCAAUCGAAGUCAAAGGAGCCUUCUUCAUUAAGGGAAGAUGCUUUUCAACUCCAUGAAGCUCGCAAAGCUUACCUCAAAGCGUCAAUGGACUACUCGAUACAGGCCCCCCAAUUGCGCAACUCGCUCGACCGACUGCUAGUCCGGGUUUCUUAUGAUCAGUGGCGGGAGCUUAAGAUAUUCCACAACAGCAAUGGUGCGGCAUUCGCGAAAUGGGGUCAAGAGAUGGACCGCAUCAAAGGCUGGGCUCACGAAAUGGAAGGGGGUGAGCGAUCUUCCAAGCGGGAGCUUUUGAAUUCGAGGAAGCAGAUCGAAGAAGCAGCAGAGAAUGCAGCUAGGCCAUCUCGAGAACUAGAAGAUUACUCUUUGUCCACUGUUCCCUACCUCGGCUCUCGGCCCCUGUCGACAACCAGCAUGAGCAAGGAGGCUAGACCUGAGAAGCAAGGAUGGGUUUUCUUGCGGACUCUUUCUGGGAAGCCUACCCGGACUAUCUGGGUUAGACGAUGGGCAUUCUUGAAGCACGGUAUUUUCGGCUGCCUUGUUCAGGGCUCGCGAACAGGUGGCGUUGAAGAGAGCGAACGGAUAGGCGUUCUUCUCUGCAGUGUUCGGGCUGCCUUUCAAGAAGAGCGCAGGUUUUGCUUCGAAGUCAAAACGAAGAGUAAUACUGUCAUGCUUCAGGCUGAGACUCAGAAAGAACUCAUGGAUUGGAUUGCUGCCUUCGAGGCCGCCAAGCGAAAGGCUUUGGAGAACCCGGCUAGCACUGAUCUCUCAGUGUCCGGCAAAGUUACUGUUCAGGAUCCUGCUUUCGCAAUCUCUCAGCCCCCAGCUCCCGAGUUUGCUGCCGAUCCUUCUGAUUCGCUCACUCCCCGUGUCAGUGACGAGCAGAGCUCUGCAGAUCGCAGCGGGAUGCUUGCCCUACCUGAAAGAGACCCUUCCGCCAUGAGGAACAGUAGUGAUCUCAGCAGUUAUAGGAGGUUGACGACGCUGGAUUCCGAAAGCUCCGCACGCGAACACGCAUCGCGUAUAAUGCAGAAGCUGGACCUUCACCGCAAAUCAAACAAUGCAGUGGCGCCAUCCACUUCGUUGCCGGGUGCCGGAGGUGGCAUAGCAAGCUUGAUCUCUGCCAGUCACAGUGCUCUUGGACCAGGCAGCCCUCCUUUACCCCUCGACAUUGAUGGGACUAGGACUCGUAGCUCGACAUUUGGCAACGAUUCUCCCUCGACUCUUGCUCCAGGGACCUUGGCCAAUCCACCUGCUCCAACAACCAUGAGCAAGGCGGCUGUGAUCGUAAGCCAUGAAAGGGGUAUAGGACUGGGGCAAGCCGACAAAACAGGAGGAAUGCCGAGUGGCAUGAUGGCUAAUUUGUGGGGUAGUUCAAACUGGGGCUUCAUGAAUCGGAUUGAACGUGAACGCAUAGGACUACCUGGCGAGCAGGACUCAGGCCCCUCAGACAAGCCGGCCUCGCCAGCGAAUGAUCCGUCUAAGCAAUUCCUGACAGCCGAAGCUGACACGUCUAGUGGGUCUCCAGGAAAUAAGCCGCCGAAGUCUGGGCCACGUCACAGGCAGACGGUGAGCCUUGACGGAGACUCGUCCAAGAUGCAGCGGGCAUUGCUUGGCGAUGCGCACGAUUAUCCCAGUUACUACCCGCAGCAACUUAAGAUUCAGGAUGCGCAGUUCCGGCUACUAUUUCCUGACAUCAAAAAAGAUGAACCUCUGGUUAUGGUGUUCCGUGCUACCUGGAAUCCCAACGAUCAGCAAGAUUUCCCCGGAAGGGCCUACGUUACGACCCAAAACAUCUACUUCUACAGCCACCACUUCGGGCUAGUACUCACGACGUGUAUUUCAUUGGAGAGUAUUAAAGAAGUUACUGCUGCCCCAGGAAGGGACUGCGACUUUUUGUACCUUCAUAUGAUCCCUCCUCCAGGAGACGAUACUCCUGGUCGUGGAACGGUUAAGACUUUCCUUGAGCCAUUGCGACUUCUUCAACGGCGGCUUAACUUUUUGAUUCAUAAUUCUACUGCCGCCGAGCCACUGGGCCUGGAAGCAACAUUCAAGACACUGAACCGGAUGGAGAGUGAAGCACUAACGCGGACUCCUAGCCUUGAUAGCUGGGAGGAUGUGGCUGCUGGAGAUGACAAUGUUGAAGGAGGGGAAAGUGGCACGGAACCCCCGAAGAAAGAUGUUGGUGUCUACAUUGAUAACGACUUGGACAUGCAUAAGAAGAAUGGAAAUGGCAAAAAUACUCCCAAGUUCAGACUGCCAACGCAGCCUGUUCAAUAUGUGCCACAAGGAGAUCUUCAUUUGGCGGCUGAAAAGGUUUUUGAUACAAGUGCUAAAGCGGUUUUCCAUAUCCUGUUCGGAGACAAGAGCGCCGUCUGGCAGCUUCUCCUUCAUCAACGGAGAGCUAAGGGUAUCAAACAAGGGCCUUGGGUCAGACAAGAGUCCAACCACCUAAAACGGGAUUUUCAUUACGAAAUUGAGACGGCUGAUGCCCUUGGACGUACUCAUACCAAGGAAAUCCCGGAUUAUCAGAUGAUUGACGUCUUGAAUGAUCAUCUCUGCUAUGUGAUUACAGACAAACGGACACCUUGGCAUCUUCCUUUUAAAAGAUCUUUCAGGUUGGUCAGCAAGAUUGUGAUCACAUUUGUCGCAAAGGGAAAGUGCAAGCUCUCUAUCUAUACUAAAGUGGAGUGGCUGUGGUCUCCUUACGGCCUUCAGCAUAUAAUUGACAAAAGUGCUACCAAUGAUCUGGAGCAAGACGCGUUAGAUCUCGUUGACCUGGUAGGCGACCAGGUCCGCAGGCUAGGCGCGCAUAGUCGAACCAAGAAGGCCAUUACGAUUUUCGGACACAUUGGACGGCAGAGCUUUUCUUCCCAGUUCUCGCCACAGACCGACCUACAAUUGAAGCUGCGCAACCCCCGCAUUCAGAGGUCCCUGCCAAAGCUCCUCUUUGAGACGUUUGCAUCAUUGACAGAGAGCAUAAUCUCUGACCUGAUGAUGUGGACGUUCGCUUUUCUACGUUGGGUGUGGAAGACCACACAUGCGAACAAAGUCAUUCUCAUCUUGCUAUUGUCGAGUAUGUUGAUCAAUGGGUUCUAUUCGUCCCGCGAUGCGUACGAAUGGUGGCAUGACAGGACUGUUGGGAACUUCAUGGCCCGCAUCGGAGUUAGCCCCGACAAUGUCAUGACCAAAGCUAUUUACAUGAGAGAUAUCGAUGACGCAAUCGCCAAUACAACCAUUGGCCACGGCAGUGAAAAUCCCAGGAAACACAAUAUCUCUGGGAACAUCAGGAUUCCGGGACUCCAUGACCAGGAGUGCAGCCCGACGAAUUCAGCAAACGCGCGAACGGUUGGCUUCAUACCGACACGAUCUCCUGGUAGCUCUCCGCGUGGUCAACAGCAUCGAAAGAGAAGUGAUCCAAAGCGAGUGGGAGCGAUGGUUGCGACAGGAACUGCGACGCUGUCGCCAAAUCCAGAUUCUUCUCGGCAAGAAUGA